AUGGCGGAGCUGCAGCAGCUCCAGGCACAGGAGGCGGUGGACUCUAUGAUGAAGAGUCUGGAGAGAGAGAACAUCUGGAAGAUGCAGGGCCUCAUGUACCGGUGCAGCGCCGGCUGUUGUGAGGAUAGCCAGGCCUCCAUGCAGCAAGUGCACCAGUGCAUUGUGUGCUGCCAUGCACCUCUGGCUCAAGCCCAGGCCCUGGUGACCAGCGAGCUGGAGAAGUUCCAGGACAGCCUGGCCCGGUGCACUAUGCAUUGCAACGACAAAGCCAAAGAUUCAAUAGAUGCAGGGAGUAAAGAGCUUCAGGUGAAGCGGCAGCUGGAGAGCUGUGUGACCAAGUGUGUGGAUGACCACAUGAACCUCACCCCAACCAUGACCAAGAAGAUGAAGGAGUCUCUCUCAUCCAUUGGGAAAUAGAUGUCUGCUAUUGGCCAUCGGGGCUGAAGGCAGGAAUCUGUUUAAAAAGAGG